CCUAUGUAGUACCUACAAGAACAGCGUCAGAAGCAUCAUCACCACGAGUUCCAACUACAAGUGCCGCUAUUGAGUCUGAGUUUGAAUCCAAUAUCCUCUUCAUUACUUAAUAUUCUCCUUUCGUGUCAUCUGUUCGUCAUGAAUCACUUUCCUGAAGCUUGGGGUCGUCCCAGAGAUGACAUCUAUGGACCCUACAACCCAUCAUAUCUCCAGACCACUGGACCGAAAACCCAUACCCAGUCACCUGCUGUGACUGGAACGUCGGUAGUAGCCGUCAAAUUCAACGGUGGUGUUGCGAUUGCUGCCGAUAAUCUAGCUUCCUACGGGUCUCUUGCUCGGUUCACUGAUGUGAAAAGACUUCGCAAAUUUGGCGAAUCUGCGGUCAUCGGAUUCAGCGGGGAUGUCUCCGACAUGCAACACAUUGACCGUCUGUUGGAAUCCAUCGAUAUCAGAGAGAACUACUCCACUCAUGGAAACACCAUGAACGCCAAAAACCUCCACACUUAUUUGUCCAAAGUUCUUUACAAGCGUCGUUCCGAAUUUAACCCACUCUGGAAUCACAUCCUGGUGGCCGGGUUCGAUGAAAAUAAAAAGCCAUUCCUCAGCUCCGCAGAUCUUCUCGGAACCACGUUCUCAGCGCCGCAUCUGGCAACUGGGUUCGGGGCUCAUCUUGCCGUCCCAAUCCUUCGUCGACUAUUCCCAGAUGAGGAGUCCAUCGAGACGGCCAGCAAGGAACAGGCUGUUGCGGCACUAAGGGAGUGUCUUAAGGUUCUCUGGUAUCGGGAUGCAAGGAGUCUGGAUAAGUACUCGAUAGCAGUGAUUUCUGAAGCAGGAAUUGAAAUCGAGGAGGACCAGCAGAUUGAAGCCCAGAGCUGGGCGUUCGCCGAAGCAAUCAAGGGAUAUGGAGCUCAGGUCAACUAAUCAAGUUUUGGCUUUAACAUCUUGCCUGUGAUACUUGACUAAUAGAACGACCCUACCAAAUUCAUGUUCUGGCAAAGCCGGUUGCCCCUUUAUUUCGUAUACUUUUAUUGUAGCCAGUGAGACAGGACACU